GUACGCAAUUUUGUUGAAAACUAAAAGUGAGUGAUAAUGAGUGAUUUAACAAGUGAAACGCAGCCUGCUGAUCAGAUUGAGUAUCAAGCAGAAAAGGAACAUUCGAGUUCCCAAAAAGGCAAGCAAAGCAGUAAGAGUCCCAAAUGGCAAGCAACAUUGCUGAAAUGUGUGAUGGGCGAAGAACAUAACCAUGAAAUUUUAGCGAACCAGACGGUUGAUUUGUAUAUGCAGAAUCCCUCAGCCGCUUUGGUUCAUCUAAUGCAGUUUGUGGUGGAGGCAAGUGGCAGCCAUUACCAGAUUCCCAAGGAGACCCAAAUGCCAUUCUCAUACAAGGAUAUACUGGAAGCUGGCACCUACCAGUUUCGCAAUGUUAGCAUGUAUUAUCCUAUGAUAAUGAAGACGGCCGAUUCCUUUGUGGAAAAAGUUGUUAGUUUUCUGAAAGCUCUUUUGAGUGCGGCCGAUGGCACUCCCAUUUUUUUCGACAACGUGUUUCUGACUGUGAUCACAGACUUUUUGAUGGUUUGCUCGGAGUCUGGUGUUCGUCCUUUUCGUCAUACUAGCACCAUGAUUGGUCUUAAAGUCAUGACAAUUUUAAAAGAUCUUCAUUCCGUGGACGAUGGAAUAUUGAAGCCCCUGUGGAUGCGGAUGUUCAGUUCUUUUUUCAUGGAUCGAUUCCGGGAUGUUGUGACCGACAUAAGGCAUCUCUGCCUCUCCGAACUUGGAAUGUGGUUCAGAAAAUAUCCAGAUUGCCACCUUCAGCCAAAUCGCCUGCGCUUUUUCUUCGAGGCCUUGCAGGAUAGCUCGGCGAAAGUGAGGUUGUGCAGCUUGACAAACAUUUUAGAGCUUUGCCGUAUUGAGGAUCUUCGUUCUACAUGUGUGGCACUGGGCAAGGAAUCCCUGGAACUUCUCCUCGUUAUUUGCGUGGACAAGGAGAGUGAAAUGGGAGAGGAAUCCCUCCGGCUUUUGACCGACUUGUAUCGAUCUUCUCCAGAUAUUCUGAGUGAGGACGAGUGCCGACAGCUGGAGUCACUUAUGUUUGCUGCGAAUCGAGGCUUGGCUCAGACAGCAGCGGAGUUUUUCAAUCUGCGAGGAAUGGGGAUUGCAGGAGAACCCUUUUCGCAAAAAAUGCUUCGUCUGCUGAAAUUGUUCCUCAACGAUAGUGAACAUGAGCAUGCGGCUUAUCUUGUGGAUGCGCUGUUCGAAAACUCCGAAAUAGUUCUGGACUGGGAGCCCAUGAUAGGAAUGCUAUCGGUGGACCAGAACCCAAAUUUAACCGAAGCUGAGAGCUCAGCUUUGAUAGAAAUCCUCUUCCGAGGAGUAAAGCAGGCGAUUACCGGGGAAAUACCACCCGGGAGAUAUACCAAAGAUCUGGAAAGGAAUACGAUUCCAGGGGCCCAAAAAAUCACAAGUUUACUGGCACCCAGUUUACCCCAGUUGCUUCUUAAAUAUAUUCAUCGGCCCGAAGAUUUAGCCAAACUCCUGGAACUCCCGCAGCUUUUUUGCCUAGAUUACUACCAGAAUACGGAUAAUUGGUUGCACAUUGUGAAGCUAAUGGAUCAGCUCCAAAACAUUAUGUUCUCACAGACCGACAUUACUGUGCUCCGGAGGGGAGCCCACACCCUGGAGGUCCUGUACGAAAUUCCCUCGACGAGGUCGCAGAUAACGGAGCUGCUCAACAAUGCGGUGACCAACUUCAAGAUUGCCCGGCGCACCUGGCAGGAAAGGAAUGGCCCAGCCAGCUCAUCAUCGACCUCGUCUUCUUCUUCUUCGACUGAAUCCUUGCGCUACGCGAAAUCCCCAAAAAAUCGAGCGCGACGCCUGAUGAUCACAUUGCGUUUGGUAUCAGCCCUGAAUGGGUUUUUUAACUUAAGCGCCUGGCAGUUGACCGAUACUUUCCUGUCCAGCCUGAAAAGAGAGGUCAGGGAACGCGAGGAGCCGGAAAGAGAUGACCUGCCGCCAGAGGCGGUUGCUCUGUUCCUCGAAACCAGCUACUUCAGCUUAAGCUGGGACCUGAAAAGCUUCAAGCAGGAGGCUUUAGUCAAUGAGAACAUGAAGGAGACUUCUGCUGUCCUUAAGAAGCACUUGGAUGACUUUCUAUAUGUGGCCUUCGAAAAGCUUGUAAAUGGAAACAAUAGGGAACUUCAAUACGAUUGCUUUGCAUUCAUCUGCGAUCUGUUUCUGAUAUAUGGCGAUCAACUGAGUGAGAGUCCCAGCUCCUGGGUACGCUCCAUCGUGUACAAACCCUCCCUGAAUGAGUUGGAGUUGCUGGAGAGCUUUGCCCUGCGACAUUUCUUUGCGCUGAAACCCUCGACAUUGAUGGAAGAGAGCUACUUUGAUCGGCUGACCAGCAUGCGCCGCAUUGUGACCAGCUACUGUAAAUUGGUGGCUUUUAACGUGAUCCCCGCCAUGAGAGCCUGCAAGGUCUUUCAGUAUUACGAAAAGUUCUAUGCCCCAUUUGGCGACAUAAUGAGGUGUUGUCUGGAACUAGCGCUGGAAAUCAACUCGGUUCACUUUGGAAUGACCGUAAUGCACACCUGUUUGUUGUUAUUCGGGAAGGUAAUGACCAAAAAUGACGGAGAUGGUGUUCGGGCUUCCAGCUCUCCGGAGUUCUCCGAACUAAUUGCACUGGCCAAGCGUUUGGCGGAGACAUUCAAUUCGGAUCUGGUGAAGAAUCGCAAUAGUGUGGUCACCCUUCACAGAGCUGGCAUUAUGUUCGUCUUGGAGUCUGUUCACGAAGAGCCAACGAAUGCUCCAGAAAACCUUCUUUUCUUGCGAGUCAUCCAGGAGUUUGUACCGCAAGUUUUGAACCAGGACAGAGUAACUCUGCUGGAUCUUCUGAAGCGCAUUGAGCAGCCGGCAUUACCGUCCUGCAGCAAAGAGGAGUGGCAGCCUCUGGAGGGAUAUCGGUGGGCUCUACAAGGGAGCUCCAGGAGAAGCAGUCGUCGCGAGACUGAGCUAGUAACCUAGACAAAAUAUUUCCUGUUUUCAGGCUGAACUUGAAAGUUCUUCUUGAAUUUCGAAAACACUUUGAAACUUGU